UAAAUUCGUUUCCUCUUGUUUUUCUCGAUUUCUCUUCAGUAUAUCGCCGCGUUUCUAUGCGAAUGAACGUUGAUUGCGCUCGCAUGUUAUAAAAACUAUAUAUUAACCGUUGAGAAUAUGGCACAGAUGUGUGUGGAGUUUUAGAAAAGAAAAUACAGAAAUUUGUUUUGAAUGUGGUUUUGAUUUGUGUGUUGUAACAUCUAGUUGAGAAGAGAAAGAAGGAAAAUAUUUUUUUUUUUGACGAAUCCAACUAUUUACAUCAAUUUUUUGCUUUGUUUUGAUAUAUUUCCGUUAAAGAUAUGCAUUAAACAAAUUGAAAGUGAUAUUUUGUGCGUACCGGAUGGCAUUAUAUGGAUUACUGGGAUUAUAGAGAAGAAGAAUGAAAAAAAAAAACACACACCAACCAAACACACAUAAUCUAACAUGAAACGAAGAAAAUCUUGAUUUAUGAAGUGUAGAAAUAAUUUGUGUCUUGUUUGUUAAUUCGAGAAAAGAAUACAACAACACACCAAAAUAAUAAUAUAAAAAAAGAAAAGAAAAGAAAUUCUAAAGAAAGCGAAUAAUCAGAAAUGAAAGAAGUUGAGGAGUGGAAAACAAGAAGUGUUGUCAUGUGAAUGUUUGUGUUGUUUAUUGACAAAUAACGGAACUUGAAUAGAGAGAGAGGCGAAGAAAGUGAUUAUUGAGUGUUGAUUGAUUUAUAUGGUGAUUUAUGGAAUUUUAAAAACACAAAUGUGAUGAAAGAUAAAUAAACAAAACAAAUCAGAUCAAAUUGGGCUUAAAGAAGAAAAAAACAAGUUUUGGAUUGUUACAAAUCGAAUUGGAAAUAAUUUUUAUCACACAGAGACCAGCCCGAAAAACGGACUAUGCUGAAUAAAAUAAAUUAAACGGAAAAGAUUGAAUGCACAUCGCUCCACCAACCGCACAAAGGGAACAUCAUUUUGUUUUGCAUAAAAUUGCUUGGCAUAUCCGAAUUGAACGCCUGUUACAAAGAACAUCACACGUAUCCCUAUAUAUAUGUAUGGACACACACACACGAAAAAAACGGAAGGAAUAUGCUGGAAAAAUAUUACGAAAAACGAGAACACACAGAACCGGGUAACAAGAAAAUAAAACAAACAAAAAAAAACGUAAAUAAACAAUUUUCCAUAAUGUAUGUGCACAUGUGAAAUUGUGAAAAACUAAAAAAAAAAUUAAAAAAAUAGACGACACCAACAGCAACAACAACAACAACAAAAUAAAAAUGUUUUGAGAAAAGUGCUCGGGUAAAUGUAAUACGACGAGGAAAAAAAAGAGACUUAGAAAAGAAGAAAACGGAAAAAUGUUUGUAUUUCGAAUUCGGUUGUACAAGUCAAUGCUGUUCCAGCGGUGACACAUUCUAAUACAAAAAAAUUUUUUUUUUGUUUUAUUUCGAAGGGAAAAUGGGAAUUCGACUGUUCGAUGCUACUACCGUUCUACAUCCAUUUAUAAUAAAAUGCAUUCGAAUUGGGAAAUCGGAAUUCAUUUCAAUGCAACUAUUUUAAGACUAGACCCACAAACAAUGCCCUAGACAGCGGUUUAUAAUAGGAAAAGUGGUAUAUAGUGUAUGAAAUCAUAAAGGUUUUACUGUUCUAUUCGCUGCCACACAUAUUUUAAAUGAAAACGAAACGCAGCAUAUAUAAUAAUACAGAAGCGACACAACAUUUUUCUUUCUGUAUGUCCACAUGAAUGGUAUUUUACACACAAAUACUAAAUAAUUUAAAAUGUGCACCAAGGCAACAAUAAUUAAUGCUGAGAAUAAAAAGACAAACACUUUAAAUGUGAGUGAAUAACUAAACGAUACAUCGGUGGUAAAUUAAUAUUAAGUGAAUUCGUCUUCAAACAUAUCAUUUCAAUUGAAUGUGUGGUGUAACAUGUUUUAUGCCGAUAUAUAAUACACACAGCUCGAUGCAGCUAGCUAUACUAAACUAACAUAGAAUGUAACUGAACAAGUCCCCUGAGGACAGUGAUUUGGUCUGCGGUCAUGAUAUUGAACGAGCAACAUCAAAUCCAUUCACUUACGAAAAAUUCCCAUUUGAGAAUUUUUACUGAACUACAAGUGAAACACAGAGUAUCCAACAGCUGGUGGCUUAACAUAUAGCACCUUCUUUUUAUGUAGAGAUACGUCCGUUAUGUAUAUGCUCUGAACUUCUCAAUAUAUACAGCAUUUUGGAAAACGCCAUUAAAACCAAUUUAAUGUUUAAAAAGUAUUUUAUACGAAGAGAGUAGGCGAAGCACACAUUUACUACGGUUUUUCUAUAUAGCAAAAAAACUUAGGCUUUAAUAAGAUGGAUUUGAUGCACUUUACAAAGUAUCUCGGAACAUUGCAGUGGUUUUAUGUGGUCGUGUUGUUUGUGUUGAAUGUUUUCAUGCCGAGGACCGGAUGUGAAAAUGCUCAGGAUUUUCAGAAAAACAUUCCCGUACGAUUAAUAUGGGCAGCCCAAUCGAAAGAUGUCGAGUUGCCCUGUGACGUAACCUCACCGAUUCCAAACGAUUCAGCCAAAUUGGUGUUGUGGUUUAAGGAUUCAACUGGAAUACCACUGUACAGUUUGGAUUCACGUGGCGGCGGCUCACUAAAACUAGCAACCCAUUCGGCAUUAGCAAGUGAUUUGGGUCAGCGAUUGUAUUUUUCAGCCGAGGAUAAUCCCAAAGAUGCACGACUACAAAUACGAAAUGUUAAAUUAUCAGAUGGUGGAGUGUAUAGAUGUAGGGUAGAUUUUUUUAAUUCAGCAACUAGGAAUUUAAGAGUUAAUCUGUCGUUAGUGGUACCACCAGAGGAGCCACGAAUUUUCGAUGCUCAAGGAAAGGAAAUCUCACAUAUAGCGGGACCGUUCCGCGAAGGUCAUGAACUCUUCUUAUCGUGUCAAGUAACUGGAGGACGACCACAACCGAAAGUGACGUGGUGGCGAGAAGGAGUUGAAAUUUCCGGAACAAGUCAUCCGUCGGCCGAUGAAGGCAAUCCAGCCAUGCUCAAUCAAUUGUUUAUAAGUACAGUGACGCGAGAUUAUUACGGCUCGAAAUUGGAAUGUCGAGCUCAGGGAUCAAAUUUAAUAGAACCGGUCGUUAAAGAAAUAACGGUUCAAGUACAUUUAAAACCAAUAAAAAUAAAAAUUGUAUCAGCUAAUGACCUGUUGAUUGCUGGUAAAUCAGUGCCUUUGCGUUGUGAAACUUGGGGAUCUUUUCCACCUGCUAAAGUAACAUGGUUACUCGAUGGUGAACCCAUUCGUAAUGCUGAUGUAACAGCACAUAGUGACAAUAGUCCGGACGGAAAUAUGACAGUUAGCAUAUUAAAUCUAAAAGUAUCAUCUGAAAACGAUGGUGCUGAACUUAUAUGCAGAGCCGCAAAUCCUUGGUUUUCUGGUGGUGCUAUAGACGAUAAGCGGAUUAUAAGUGUAGCAUAUCCGCCAACCGUAUCCGUUCAUCUGGCAAAUGAAGAUCCAAGCAGAGUGGUAACGAGGUCAGAACGGGAAAAUGUCACAUUGAAAUGUCGAGCUGAUGCCAGACCUCCUGUAGCGUCCUAUUCAUGGUUUAAAAAUGAUAUGCGAAUGUCUGGCGAAAACACCGAAACUCUUCAUCUUACACAAUUACAACGAGAAAGCGGAGGCAAUUAUGCUUGCGGUGCCCAAAAUUCGGAAGGUGAAACCAGAAGUACAACAUUAACAUUACAAGUACAGUUUGCACCACGUUGUAAACCGGGCACCGAACAGACAUCCGUUGGUGCUAUUAAUAUGCAUUCAAUACCUGUGCGUUGUGAAGUUGAGGCCGACCCACCAGAAACUAUUCGGUUUAGUUGGACAUACAAUAAUACCCGAAACGUGUCACCGGUACUGAACUCAAGAAUAACAUCGAACGGACUUAUAAGCACGAUGACCUAUUUACCUCAGUCAGAUGUGGAAUUGAUUACGCUCGCUUGCUGGGCUAGCAAUGCCGUAGGACAUCAGUCGCAACCAUGCUUGAUACAUAUUUUACCAGCAAAAACACCAGAGCCACCAAAAUCAUGUGAACUUCGAAACGAUACAAUACUGGAGGUGGUCUGUGUAGCUGGCUACGAUGGUGGAUUAACGCAACAUUUCCUGUUAGAGGUUGUGGGUGGUAAUCCAAUAUAUAGUACGGAAGUAACAAGGGUCGGCCAGGAUAUCAUCGACAACGAAAUAUCAACAAUGAAUGAUCAGGCAACCACAGCACCGCUGCGUAGAUUAAAAGAGACCAUACCGGAGUUUAAAUUACAUGAUUUGGAGCCGGGACGAGAAUAUCAAUUUUUGGUUUAUUCGGUGAAUGCAAAAGGCAGAAGUCAACCGCCUGUUAUAAUGAAUGGACGAAUUUAUGGUGAUACACAAGGGCCGCACGAUGAAACCAGUCAACUGGAAGAUCCAACCCCAGCCGAAACAUCAAAUCAGGACAAGCAAAAACAAUCGACAAUGGUUAUACUAGCUGCUGUUGUGGCAGCUGGUGCGGUUGUAAUCACGUCAAUUAUUGUGGCUGGUAUCGUAGUUGUGUGCAAACAUCGGCCAAAGCCACCUGAACCUCAAGAAGUCAGAAAAAGAAUGAGACCUGCUAGAACUGAUGUACCAUCAAUGUAUGCCGAAGAUGAUGGAUUCAAUGAUGAAUUUACAGCUGACAUACGGUGCACACGUACUCUAGGUACGCGAAGCAGCCGUUACACAUCCGAGGGAUUUGUACAAUAUUCACAGCCAAGUCUCAAUGAUCCUGAUUUAAUUCUUCCUCGUGGGGAAAUCGAAUUCACAUCGACUGGCGGUACUGGUGCUUAGUAUCAUCCUCACGGCAAUGGUGUGCGCGAUGUGAACCGCGUACCGUAUGUAUCAGCCCCGUAGGUAAUAUAACUAAUUUAUAAUGUAUACAGCAUAUUAAAACAGAAUUAUAAUAUAGAAGAGAAGACAGAAAGAGAACAUAUUUCGGAAAAUUCUUUGGAUUAUCAGAAUGUUCUGUUAAAACAUUACUUUAACUCUUGGAGUCCUAAUAUAUAUAAUGCCAGAAACCAUCUAUACAUAUUAUAUGAAUCUGUAACGUAUAAUAAUUACUAUUAUAUAGAUGUCUUAUCGCCGGAAAGGGAUUGUUUUUGUGUGUGUGUAUGUAUAUAUAUCAUCCAUAUAUACAUAUAUAUAUAUGCGUAUGUGUCUCAUAUCAUCAUAAUAUUGAAACACAUAUGGGCUCACCAUUAUUAAAACAAAUUAUUCGAUAUGUGUGUACAUGUGUGUAUUAUGGAGUCUCAAUAUGAGUGAUGUAUUAAAUAUGGAAAUUUAUUUAUAAAUGAUGCUGGCGUAUACAAAAUUUUGAUAAAACCAAACAGAUCCAAAACGAUACUAAAAUUUAAACAAAAUAACAAAAAAAAAAUAGAGAGAGAGAGGAAAACCAUUUCAUUACACCGAGAACGAUGUGUUAUAUAAUAAGAAUUUUUUUUUUUGGAUAAUAAAUCAUUACGUAGUCGAAAUAAGGUUCUAAUAAUUAAUUUUAGAUUUAAACGCAUAAAUAUCAAAAUUGAUUAAAAUUAAGUGAAAGAUUUAAACUAAAAUAAAAAAUGAAAGGCACUAGUGUAUCAUAAAUAAGAUUGAUCGAUUUCACAAAAAGAAAGUAAAACCAAAAUGAAACCAACAAAAAAAAAUAUUAAUGCAAUGGAAGAACUCCUCCAUUCAUUGUUCUUUUAAAUAUGAAUGUGUUACGUCUAUGGAAAUUAAAUUAAAAAUAAAGAAAAACAGCAACGGGAUGGUGAGAUUUAAAAGAAAAAGUUUCCGAUAAAGUGUAAGCAGCGAUAUCGAACUGCCGUACUUUUGCCGGUCACAUUCAGAAUCCGAAGCUUGCGGAAAUCUUUUAACUUUGUGCAUAAGCCACUUAAGCCACUUGUAUCAGAGCUUUUCGAAGCUUAUUGGGUGAGCUUUUAUUGGUCUGCAACAAUUUUGAUUCUGAGAAAAAAUUUUCCAAUUGUUUUAAAGUGUCAAACUUGCGACAGGUGCGCAAUUUGGUUGAUUGAUUCAUUUCAAUCAUCGAAAUUGCGUAGCUUUCGCAAGUUUGACAUUUCAAAACAAUUGGAAAUAGCCUGAAAACAAAAGAAUUUUUCCUGAGUUGUGUGCAAUAUUUUAUUGGUGGCAAACCAUUAUGGUUCGAAAAGUUCGUAAGUAUGGCAAUUUCGUGAUCUUUUGACAUUUCUCACAUAUAUAUUUUAUGUCAAAAGUCUACGAAAUCGCCGUGCUCACAAACUUUUCGAACCAUAAUGGCUUACCUCCAUUGUGUUGCAUGCGUCUAAAACCGUACUUUUCUUUUCAUUUUUCCUUUAUACUCUGAGUGCCCCACGAAAAUCAUUCAUUAACGAAUGACAUUUGCCGUAAUUUUCAUUUUCACAGCGCUUCGCACAAGAUGGUUGUAUUCCCUACACAUUAGUCAAAAUACAAAUUUGGAAGCACGCUCAUAUAUACGAUUUUGGUCGUGAAGCGUCGAAUUGGAUUUACCAAAUUUUAUUUUAUCAUUCGAAGAUGCGUAAUGCACCAUUACGUAACGAGGGACUUAUACAUGCAAACUAGAGCUAAAACUCGACGAAGCCGAGGCCAAUAAUCACACGAAAACUUUUCAUGUUUAACCCGAGGUAUGUUAUGGAUUUUAUAGGUCUAUGUGUAGUAAAACAUGCAUUAUGCAUCAGCUCGGAGAGGGAAUUCGAGUGUUAAUCCGAGUUCAUUUGUAUCAGAGGUAAUGGAUUCUACUUGAUGAGUGCGUCGAACGUAGUGCUUGAAACAUGAAAAAUACGGUUUUCGAUGCAUGUAUCUUGUCGAAGACUAUUACAUUCUAGGAACGUCAAAAUUACGACUUAUGUAGCAUGUAAAAUUAAUCUUUUAAACUCACUGACGAAAAGCAAAUCUCUGAUUUCUUUUAUUUUAGAAACGUGCUGAUGUUUUUCACAAUAAAUGCAACAGAAAUUUUACUUUUCGCCAGUGAGCUGUAAAAAAGUUCUCGUUAUUAUGCAUCGAUUCAUUAUAGCUUUCGAUUCCACGUACUAACUAAGUACACUGCUGACAAAAUCAAAGUAAAAAUUUAUUGAGUCCUCCUUCGGCUUGCAACAAAUUAACGAUGAACCGAACUCUAUUAACAACAUUUUAAUUUAAGACGAAUGAGAAAGAAUCAAUGGUGUUGGACGAAAAACAAAACAAACCAACGAUUAUAAGUGCAGCACAGAGUUAACUGUUUCUUAGUGAAUUAUUGGAUUAUAAAACACUGAAAUUGAUAUAAUCACUUUGAGUGGAAUUAGCCAAAUAAAAAGAGUUCAGAUCGAUAUUGUUGAUAGUAGGGCGACAAUCAUUGAUAAAAUAUGUUUCGCAAAAAAAAAAAAUUGUCGAGACCAAAAUGAUCGACAACGCAUACGAAAAUCAUCCUUUGUCUCAUUUUUUUUUUUUUUCUUGCGGGACAUACUCUAUGAACGAUGUCUGGAAGGAAAACCGUUCGGACAGUGAACCAUCCCAGUU